CGUUAGUCGAUGUUAGCUAGCAAAUCCACUGAGUUAGCAACUAAACUGAUUGUUGGGACUUUUGACUCUCCCGCCGCAGCAGAUAUCACACUACAGUUGCAGGUGAGGUAGAGACAGUGAGCUGCUAUUAAACUGCUGCCUGUCUGGAAAGCCUCUGCUAAUCCCUCCAUGACCUCUCCGUAGUGGAAAGACUGACUGAGACAGUGCCGGAGCACCACGGGAGCAGGAGCACAUUGCUGCAGCGCCUGGAGUCUUCCAGGUAAUUUUUUUCUUUUGCAUCAUGGAGCAGCUGAGGUCCACCUCUCCAGGGCUUCAUUUGGACCUGAACAACUUUGACUCGGCCGAUGCGCAGAGGAGUCCGUUUGUUUUAACGAGCCCCCGCUCGCUGCAGUCCUGUGCACGUCUGGGUGUCAAACCUGUUGAACUUCUGAUUAAAUCCCUGAACGAACUGAUUGCUGAACAGAAUGAUGCGCCCUUCGAGGCGGUGAGAGUUAUGCAUGAAACCUACGAAAGGGAGAGAAAUAAGCUUUUGCAAAUGUGCCGGGAGGAGAGGGAGAGGAUUAUCCAGGCGGCUGGGGACAGGUGGCCAGGUGGUGAGAGUAAAGGCCUGGAAGUGGUGCCUGAGACCAACGAUCUCUCACCAGGGUCCAUCCCGUAUGCAGAUCUGUGCAUUAGAGGGAAAUCUAUGAGCAGGUCCUCCUGUUCGGUUGCUGGUACCAAACACCCAGACAGGAGCACAGUCUGCAGCUUCAGCCUGGGAGACCUCCGGCACUCCCCGGCGACUGAGAUGCAGCUGGAGAGGCUCACCAAGGACAUCAGAAAGGAGAUGUGUGUCACGGUGCCGGAGAGAGACCGCAAGAUUGCAGCUCUCAUGCUGGUGAAGCACGAGGAGGAGCAGGCCUCCCUGAAGCUCUCCAAGCAGGAGGAACAGGAGCGACAGGAGUCCCGCAGGCAGGAGGAGAUCCAGCGGGCUGAGGAAGAGAAGAAGAGGAGGAAGAAACUGAAGCACAACAUGCAACGGUGGCGUGGGGAGCUGGAGGCCCGCAGGAGGCUGAGGGAGCUACGGGAGGAAGAGAGAGCACGAGAACGUGAGCAGGAGGUGCUGCUGCAAGAAGACAGGUGGAGGAGGCUGAAGGAGGAGGUGGAGGCAGAACGCAGAGAAAAGAUAGAGGCGACACAAAAAGAGGCAGGGGGGCGCAAACGAUGCCAGGAGAAGCUGCUGAGAGAGAGGGAGGAGGUGGAGAAGAGGGAGCGAGAGAGGGAGAGACAGGUAGCGAUGGAGAAGGAGCAGAAGGCCAGGAGGAGCAAAGUGUCGCAGGAGAACAAGGAGAAGAAGAGGCUGGAGGAGGGGAAUCGCAAGGAGCUGCUACGGCACGUACUGCUGAAACAGCAGGUGGAGCAGCAGGUGGAGGAAGAGGAGGCGCAGAUGAGGAGCACCCUGGAGAAGAAGCUGCAACACUCCUGCGAGAUACGUGCCCAGGCCGUAGAGGCACGGCAGAGGGAGCUGCAGGAGCGGGCAGCCCAGGAGGAGGAGCAGAUCCAGAGGGCGCGCCUAAGGGCCGAGCUGCAGAGCUACCAGCAGCUCACACACAAACAGAUCCUGGUGCAGCUGAGCCAGCGGCGCAUGGAGAGAGCCGCCCUGCACGCCUCGGCCCGGCACAGGGCCAGAGCCCAGCAGACACACGAGCACAACAGACACAGGCAGCUCUGCCACCAGAGGCUGAGAGAGAGGAUGCAGAGAGAGGAGGAGGCGAUGAGGAAGAUCAGAGAGAGUUGCAUCUCCGUGAAGGAGUGGAGGAGGGAGAGGCUUCGGAUGCAGCGGGAGCAGAUACAGGAGGAGGCGCACAGGCUGGCUUUGGCCUCCUUUCACAUGAGGGAGAGAGUGAGACAGCAUACGCACAGAAGAACCUUUGAUCAGAUGGCUCUGGAGGCUCAGCUGACUGCCUCCAUGCACCACAUGAAACUAUGAAAGAGACGAUUAACUCCCAACAUCAGCACCUCCUCGCACAUGCUUCAGCACAGCUCAGGCAAUAAUAAACAGAGAUGAAUAGGAGCUGCGGUAAAAUAAGAAAAAACUAUUCAGAAAAAACCUCCCUCCUAUCUGCAAUCUAGGAAUGUAAAGACAUGCCAUAGUAGACAAGUAUCUGAAUGUGUUAUAACCAGUGUGCUGCUGUAGGGUGAAUGGUGGGGCCCUUGAACAUGCUGUGGAUCAUUUGGUGUCAGAGAUGUUUCCACAACUGUGAUUUUAGGAGUUAAAUGAAUCACAAACACAUAUUUCAUUUGAUAUGAUGCCGCAGUGUAAGAGUCCCUGAGAUUGUGCCAUAUAUUUUCAAUUUUUUUUUUGUUUACAAUGGUAUUUAAAUUCCUAAAAGUUUAGAAUGAAACUGGAGUGGACCAUGUAGUGUCCUGCCAUCAGGAUAAUAAACUCUAAAGCAGUGCUUGAAGCUUGUUGUGUCCCCUUAAUGGCAGGUUGCAUAUAUCUGUGAGCUGUAAACAACUCACUGUGUGAUUUUCUCUUAGAGAAAGUCUACAUCAUCUUGUAAGACCUGUGAUUUAUCUGACCAGCUCUGUGAGCCACUCCACUUCAUUGUUUUUCUGAGAUAAAUACACACAUAAUGACUUUGUUUGUUACAACACAUAUUGGAUGGAGGUUAAUGGAAACAAGGAGUUUGUAUCAAGUGAUCCAACAUGGCACAGUGUGGUCUUACAGCCCUACAAUGGUUGGCUUUAUAGGGUGGAGGAUCAGGCUGCAGACCAGAGAGUGACGGGUUAAAUUGCGGUCUGCAGCCAUUGGGGUGCUUGAGGGCUGACAUCAGUGUUUUUAAUAUGAUAUGAGCCACCAUUAGCAGCCAGUGGAGUGCAGAUAAGAGAGGAAUUGUGGGACAUUUUCGGGAGGUUGAAGAUGAGCCAAGCUGUAGCGCUCUGAUGCAGACUGAUGGUUAAUGUUUAGCUGACCAUUGUGUUGUUCUUGUGGUCGUCUGACUAUCGUCAGUGUCUCACCAUGUCACCAUGUCUCACUAGAAGCAUUUAAAAAUGUUCUCUAUGUAUUAGGUAGGGCAGAUAAGGCAGAACUGUUAUUACAAGUUUAAAGCAGAACCAUAAUUCAUGGACUCAAGUAGAAUAACAUUUUUAAGUGUAGGACAUAAACAUAAAAGCUCAUAAUGCAUCACUUCUGUUCUGGACUAUAAGAAACUGCUGAAAUUAGCCAUUAGUGGUGUGAUGUUGUAUAGCAUAUAUUGUGUAAUAAUCAGAUUGCUAUGAGAAUCAAGUUUUGUAUAUAUUUGUAUUAGAUUUGCUAACU